GACCCGGUCUGGGACAUCAUCACGCUCCUGGCCAAGAAGGACGCCGCCGCGGAACCCCUCCUCUCCUCCUACAUGUACAUGUCCGUCCUGUCUCACGACACCCUGGAGCAGGCGCUCAGCUUCGUCCUCGCCAACAGGCUCGCGGACAGCACCCUCCUCCCAACGCAGCUCAUGGAGAUAUUCAACUCGGUCCUGUUCGCCGCCGACGUCGACGGCGUCUUCGUCCGCGACGCCAUACGCAAAGACAUCAAGGCCAUAUACCAGCGCGAUCCCGCGUGCUUCAGCUACGUCCACGCCCUGCUCUAUCUCAAAGGUUUCCACGCGCUGCAGGCGCACAGGAUCCAGCACGCGCUGUGGAAGCGAGGCCAGCGGCUACUCGCGUUGACCAUGCAGGCGAGGAUAUCCACGGUGUUCGCCAUGGACCUCCACCCGGCGGCGAGGCUGGGUAAGGGCAUCUUGAUCGAUCACGGCACCGGCGUGGUCAUCGGCGAGACCGCCGUGGUGGGCGAUAACGUGUCCAUCCUGCAGGGCGUCACGCUGGGCGGCACCGGAAAAGACGUCGGCGACAGGCACCCGAAGAUCGGCAAAGGGGUCCUCAUCGGCGCGCACUCGACGAUCUUAGGGAACAUCACCGUGGGUAAGGGCGCCAUGAUCGCGGCGGGAUCGUUGGUGCUCAAGCCGGUGGCGCCGCACACGAUGGUCGCGGGCGCCCCCGCGAGAGCGGUUGGCCAGGCCAGGGCCCCGGCGCCCGCUAUCGAGAUGUCGCAGGAGAUC